CUACGUUGUAGCUGACUGACUGAAUUAAUAUAUUCAGUCUAGAAAAUAGCGAUAUGCUAAAAUCAUUCAUAUGGAUGAUUUAAAAAAUCGAAUUAUCAGUCUUUCAGUUGAACACAAUAAUAAUGUUAUAAUGUAAGGAUGUUUGAUUUCCUUAAACAAUCAAUAUGUUUUUGAUCCAGUCCUCAAGAACCUUAAGUUGUUUCAAUGGUAUGUGGUUAGUAGACUAAAAUUUAAUCUUGUUAAUAAAUGACAAUCUAUUCUGUUCAUCAUUUAUCAAUCAGUUUAUUAGACCUAAUUCCCAUUAGAGUUGAGAAAGUUCAUUCACUAAAUUUUAUUCAUUUAAUUCAACCGUUAUACGAGUGUACUCAAAAUAUAAACCAACCUGUUUGGAUAAUUAAAGAACAUUGAAGUUGAGUACUUUUAAAACGUCAGAGUGUAGGUUUUUUUAAACUGAUUCUUUUUUUUACCUUCAUGUCGAAUAUCUUUGUGAAAUAUAUUUCUCAGGGACUUUGGACUAAAAAAAGUAGUUCUGAUGAUUCUGUAGAUCACAGUGGCGUUUAAUUUUCCUCUGAUGUGAAAGUGCGGUUACUAUUUGUCUUAAUUUCUCUCUCUAUCCCUAGGCUAUCACAGACUGUAAUUGCAUGGCAAACACUAUAAUCUAUUAUCUCUAUUCAUUUUGUAGACUCUAAAACUAUUUUCGUCCUAAUGCCGAACUGAAUGGGUGCAGGACAAAGUGUUAGUCAGCAGAAGUCGCAUAAUUUUACAAGAGAUUCUCAGCUAAAUUCUUCCCAGUCAACAAAAAGAUCUGGUCAUUCUUCAUCUCUUCCUUCUUCGCCUCGAUAUGAUUGGCGUCGUUCAUCAUUAUCGGGACUUGCUAGUACCUCGUAUUUGAACAACACCAACAAUAGUCGCAAUUAUGGUAGCUUUCAAAGUCCUUCUAAGCAAAAACACCAACAACGAAAUUCUGUAUCUAGUCUACCAAAAGAUACUUUUGCUUCAUCAACUGAGCUGGGUUUAGAUAUAUGUCAAAGAUCUUCUUCGACUAAUCCUGAUGCCGGUAUACUAACUGUCAAUCGUGGUCGUCAUACUUCAAGUCAUUAUGAUUUAAGUGGCAGUAGAGAUGGUUGCAACAAUCAUACAGAAUUAGGUCGAGUUAUAUUAAAAAAACUUCAAUGGAUUUCUAGAUUUGAACCAAUUUCGUCUACUAUGAAAGUACAAUAUCAUUCAUCAAUGGCAGCAACAAUAGAGAAUCAACCAUAUGCAUCAACUUCUCAAUCGAUUCCAUCAUUAUCGUCGUCAACGUCAACAGCAUUUAAAAAGAGACAAUUUAUUCCACAUGUUCCAGAGUUCGAAGCGUUGGUGAGAAUGUCAUCAGUCUAUGAGCAAUAUUUGCAUAAAUAUACUACUGAGUUGUCACAAAAACAAUCUGAUCUGAUCAUUAUAGAAAAUAAAAUUGAUCGAGAUAUUUCACAACUUGUUGAAACAUUUCAAGCACGUGAGAAAGGCAUCAACAAUAAUCAACAUUCCAUUAAUUCAAUAUUUCAAAGUCCUUUCAAUAGUCCAAAGAAAGUUAAUUCAAUUACAAAUUCAAUAAAUGACUCGACGAAAUUAUCCGGAUCUCAACAAAUUGAGAAUAUUGUUUUAUUAACUAGUCAAAUUUCAUGUUUAUUAACACAAUGUGAUGAAUUAAGUAAACAAUUAAUGAAUUCAAUAAAUAAUUUAAAUGAAUUAUUACCUGAAUAA